GUCGUCAAGGGGCCCGGACCAAAGUUGCUCGGACUUUGUGCUCAGCAUUCGUCGUUCGUCGCAUCCCACGGUCGCGCUAUGGACCUUUCGGACCUAACGUCUCUAGAGCUCGAAAUCCUGGAACGGACAGCUGACAUGGGUGCCAUAUCCUAUGAUUCGACCCCGAUGCGCGACGUCGACGAACGCAGCGCCGCGGGCACCGACUGUGGCAACGACGAACGGCCGCGCCGCGGUGAAGCGAGUCCGCAAGAGCUGGAAGACGCACCCGACGAUGGAAUCGGGCGGCUUGGGAACACGGACUGGUGUCUAUGUGGUUCCUGCGCGCCGAUGGAGACCGUCGUCGAGUGCGUCUGCUGCCGCGAAUACCCGGCCGUCGCACGGAAGCAGCAGGGCCGGCAGGGCUGCGUAACGGGCCACCCGGACUUCGAGGCCCUGUGCCUCAACCCUGAGGUGUUGAGGUUGGCCUACCUCAACAUGCGGCACUACGGGCAGCAAGGGAUGGGCGCAAGUGCCAGCGAGUGAGUACGAUGUCAUGCUUUGCGCGUGAGCAAACUCACCAUGUCUCGGUGAGGACCGUGCCCUCGGCAACUACGUUCACUGUCCGAUUCACAGCGUACAUACGUACUUGUAAUAACUUGUUGUUAGGCUAGAUGAACGUUUAGCACCAUCCUGGGAAGCGGUCGAUGAAUUGUUUGUGUUGCCGAUAGUGAAAUUAAUUAUAACCCCCACUGUCCAGGCGCAAUAUAGCGCUCCAGGGAGGCUUUCAAGAGACUAAAUGAGAAGCAGCCUGCCUAGUUACCACCCAGUCAUUUGUUCAAUACAGAAACACGGACACUUCCAACUGCUGUCCCACUAUAAACUACACAUAUUCUUAUAUGUUCUAAACGAACUGUUCUGAUGAGACCGCCCUCUUCGAGCGUUACACUUCUUCCCGUUAGGCCAGAUCAUGGAGAGCUAUUUUUCCUUGCAUUUGCGGUUAUCAGUUUAGAUAUGUCAUUUUCUUGCUCUGUUUAGAUGCAAUGUUAUGCAACAAUAGCACUAUGAAAUAUAUGACAGUCACAUGGCCUCGUCUCUUGUCGAGACGGCCUCGCCUCGUCGAGAGCAAUAGAAGGCGACACCUUGGAUGUACAUAUGCUUUGGCGUUGUCCCCAUGCCCAA